AAAAAUAAAGGAUAAAACAUAAACAAUACUAACAAUAAUAAUUUUGCAAGAUCCAAGUUCAAUUAAAACUAUUUCUCUUCAACUAAAAACGUAUAUUACAAUAAUAAUUUAAGCAUUCUACAAUCGCUCUAUCCAGUCCUAGCAGCCAAUAAGCUAGCUCUCUUAUGAUCAACACACUCUUGAAAGGCUUGAACUAUUUUAGAACAUUUCAUAGGUUCCUUAGCAUUACUCUUAUAACAAUCUAUAACAGCUUUCUUUGAAUCAAGACAAGGGAUUUCUCUCAAGCUCUGAGUGGCUUUGCCGGUUUUAAAUUCUUCCAAGGCCUUUUUAUAUUCAUCGUCCAUUGCUUGUUUCACUUUCUUGUGGUUAUCUUGGAUUUUUUCCACUCGAUUAUGCCAGUAUUCAUCGUUUUUUUGCAGUUCGGCUAUAUUUUGUUGGCGUAACUGAAGACUAGUUAGCGAGGGCUCGUGCAAGUAUACCGGUACUUGUACCACUUGUGGAGGAAUGUCUGAGGAAGCGAUUUUUUGAUUUGAGGCACGUACCGCACCUCGUAAGCGUUCAGCUACAUCAUCCGAAACUUUAAUUACGCUUGUAGGGUCCUCGUUUUCGACGGUCAGAGUUCUAGUUUUGCUCGUACCGGAACCCAUUUUUUUUUAUAGUUUCUCUAAAAAACGUAUCAACAUUUAUAUUUUUGUUAUGUAAUGAGUGACAAUUUGAUUUGUUACCAGCUGGAUUUAUGAUUGUUGUUGUAAUCUAUGAUUUAAAAUAAAAUUUUGCACUUACCAGUUGUAAGAAGAUCUUCACUAUUUAAUAAAUAAGCUUUAUAAAUAAAUUAUUUUUAGCUAAAAAAGGAAAAAUGUACACACUACACACAAAAUCAUAACCUCAAUUAAAAUGAAAUUCUUCUUUUUUCCUUGUGGCAUUAGCUACUAAACAUGUAAAAUACAAAUUUGGCAACACUGCAUCAGCUGAUACUUAUAAACAUUGCCAAAAAUUAUUUAUUUUUAAAUGUUUACUACAACUACAGAAAAUUUCCUAGUUAAAAAAUUACUAUGCCACAUAACAUAACAAAUGGCAUUGUUUUUAACCAAAUGGAGGUUCUUCCAAAAUCACUUACCAAAAUUGUACAAUGUGGCUAAUUCUAAUUACAGCAAGAUUUCGAAAGAAAAAGAGUAUAAGAGAUGCUUCAAAGUGCUUGAAAUAGACGAGAGCAGCGAUCCAGAACAAAUCCGUAUGGCUUAUCUUCAAUUGGUGAAACGAUUUCAUCCGGAUAGCGGAACUGAAGAGGCGAAUGUUGAAAAAUUCCACGAAAUUGACAAAGCUUUCAAAACAAUAAUGCACAAAAAAUCCAAAGAAAAAUCGUCCUCCGAAGAAACCAUAGAAGAACAAGAUAUACAACACACUGCCCCUCAACACAGGCAAUAUUUGAGUUUCAAUGGUAUCGGAUCUGGGAAUCCGUUCCAGAGAGAAAAACAAUACGUCAAAGUGAGAGCAAUGAAAGCCAUUGAAAAUGUUUAUAAUCAUCGAGUGGCCAAAGUGACGGCUGAUGACAAGGCUUUAAUGGAGAAGGUUCCCUUAAAACAUAAAAUAAAAACUAAGUACGGCUUUGAUCGAUUAGUGGAGGAUCUAAUACAAGAAUCAAUAUCAAAAGGGGAGUUUAACAAUUUGAAAAACACCGGUAAACCGUUACCGGAUCAUCAAAAUCGCAAUCCCUAUGUAGAUUUUAUAACCCAUAAACUAAACGAAGUUCUGAUCGACAACGGCUUUACUCCCGAGUGGAUUUUGCUCCAAAAAGAAAUCCGAUUAGAAACUGCCGAUUUAAGAAAAAGCCUCUUUACGGAACGAAAAUAUUUUGGCCCUUAUCCGAUAUCGGUUGAGGAAAAUAUCGAGUGGAGCGAAAAAGUUUACAAGUACAAAAAAACGGUUGAAGAUAUUAAUAAAAAAAUAGCAAAAUUUAAUUUAGUAGUGCCAGUUUUAAAUAAGCAAAUGCUAGAAAUUUGCUUGGAGAAAGAAGCGCAGAAGGCAAUGGUAUUGGGAGAGGGAUACAAAGACGCUAGACAAGACAAUAAACAAAAAUAUUUGACAAGAACAAAUACUGAUAGCAUAAAUUUCCUUAGUAUUUUCGAUUUUAUUUUUAAGCCUAAAUAAUUAAUUAUUGAAUGAGUUUAAUAAAAUAGUCC